UUAAAAAUAUAUAAUUUACAUCCUCCCUCUCUCUCUCUCUCUACAGACCUUUUAUCAAACUCUCCCCUCCACCCACCACCAAGCGAACCCAAAGCGUCGCCCCAUUUUUCAAACUCUCCAAACCACCCAUGAACGGCCUCGGCGACGCGCCGCCCCUGUGGCCGCAGCCGCCGGCCUCCGCCCUCCUCCGCCGCCGCCGGCCGUCCCCUCCGCUCCUCUCCCCGCCCGUCCUCAUCGUCCUCUUCCCCAUACUCGCCCUCGCCCUCCUCUUCUUCGCGAUCCCUUCGCUCGUCUCCUUCUCCUCCCACGUCCUCCGGCCCUUCACCGUCAAGCGGAGCUGGGACUCGCUCAACGUGUUCCUCGUCCUCUUCGCCAUCCUCUGCGGGAUCUUCGCCCGCGGCGGCGGCGGCGAUGAGGAGGAGGCGCCGGCGGCGGCCGCCGAGGAAGGAGGGAAGAGCGCCGCGAGCGGGGCGAGCGCCGAUAAGGUUCCCGAGGAGACGGCGCUGCCGCGGUGGUUCGAGCCCGGCGACGACAGGAUGUACGGGUACGGCGAACCGGCGGUGAGGUCGCUCGGGAGCGGGACGGGCCGGUUGCGGAGGAACAGCAGCUCGUACCCGGAUCUGAAGCAGGAUUCGCCGUGGGAGACCGGCGGCGACCGGUUCCGGUUCUUCGACGAUUUUGAGGUCAGCACCAAGUACAAUUCGAGCUCGACAGAGUUUGAUCGGGUCGUUCCUCUUCGGAGAUGGCGAAGCGCCAUCGAUGACGAUGAUGUCAAAGUGAUCCCGGUCGACACGUUCGUUCUCCGCACGCCUCCGUCUCCGGCGUCUCCUCCACCUCCACCGGAGGCGAAAUCUCCAGCUCCAGCUCCACCCCCUCCGGCGCCGCCGCCGCCGCCUCAUCCGCCGGUGAGGCGCACGUACGGGGCCGUCGCCCCCAGAAGCACGGGAGGGAGGGCGAGCGAUGGCGCGAAUUAUGCUAAAAUCGGAAAGGCACCGCCAGCGCCGCCGCCGCCUCCCCCACGGCCACCGCCCACGCCGCCGAGGGAGUACAAGUACGCGAAGAUCGAGCGGAGGAAGAGCAGCGCGGCUAAGGAGAUAAAGAUGGUUUUCGCUUCGGUGCUGUACAACCAGAGAAAGAGAAAGAAGAAGCAGAGGACCAGAACGCUGAACAACGACGCAGCUCACCGACCGGCGCCCGAGACGACCUCCCACUCCGCCGCGCAACCGCCUCCGCCUCCGCCACCCCCGCCGCCCCCUCCUCCGGCGUCCGUCUUCCACAGCCUGUUCAGAAAGAGCAGCAAAAGCAAGAAAAUCCACUCAGACACCGCGCCCCCGCCGCCUCCGCCCCCGCCGCCGCCGGAGCCUCGGCGGAGGAGAACCCCGGCGUCGGCCCCGAAGCCCCCGUUGCCGACGAAGCCAACCGUCCAUCAGCCCAGCAGCGGCGCGCGGUCACGGCCGAUACCAAUGCCGCCCCCCCCGCCGCCGUUCCGGGUGCCAGAGUUCAAGUUCGUCGCCACCGGGGACUUCGUCCGGAUACAGAGCGCCCGCAGCUCCCGGUGCGGCUCGCCGGAGCUGGAGGACGCGGACGUCCCGUCGCCGCCGAGCAGGGGCGGCCACCGCGACGAGACGCCGCCAACGACGGCGGCGGACGGCCGGGGUCGUGGGGCCGGGGCGCCGGGUGGGCCCGGGGGGAUGUUCUGUCCGAGCCCAGACGUGAACAUCAAGGCCGACACCUUCAUAGCGAGGCUGAAGGACGGUUGGAGGCUUGAGAAGAUCAACUCGAUCCGGGAGAAGCAAAGCGGCGCCGGCGGGCCCCCCGCCACCCAACCGCCACCCACUUGAAACGCCAGAUUUGCAAGCGAAGCGAAGCGAGCGAAAAUCCCACUAAUUUCCCCUCCGAUUUUUUAUUUUUCCGGGCUUUCUUUUCUAGAAGAAAGGAAAUUCGACGGUGGGGAUUUGACGUCGCUGCCGCACCACACACAGGAACAAAAUUUGAAUCGAAUCGAAUUGAAUCGAAUCGAACGUGUAGAGAGAGAGAGAGAGAGAGAGGAGCGUAUAAGUAAGUUGACAUGGACAUAAUGAUGAUAGUAGCAGUAGGUGCAUUUUUAGAUGCGAGAUUUGGAUUGGUGAGGAAGGGAGGAUGUUGCUCAAUUAGGUAGGCACUCCAAUCGUGGGGUUUGUUUUUUGGUUUCCCCACCACCUUGGAGCCACCUAAAGCUGUGUUUUUUUUUUUUUUUUUUUUUUUGAGGGUGGUUUGGUCAUUGGUGUUUGUCGUGUCUGGUCGGGGACGAACGCGAGAGUGCUUUUGAUAUUAGGUACUGUUCUUUUGUACGUUGGUGGGUGUAAGCUGGGGCUCUAUGGGGGAUCUUUUAUCGCCUCCUCCUAGAGCCCCCCUUCGUUUGUAAGAUCGUGUUACCGAGUUGGUUUUGUAAGAAUACAGCAUCUGUUGAUAGCGUCAUAUGUUUGCCAUUGC